UGCAAAAAUCGAGCAAUUGCACACACCCAUGCGCCAAUCGCUUCGUAGCAUCCAAUAGCCAGCUCUUUGAUACGUUCUGUGACCGCUGCGAACGGCUGCAAAGCGCCACUGGUCGUGCAGCGCCAAUGCGCCGCGCAAUAGGCUGGCUGCUAGCCGCCGCAUGUGCAGCCCAAAGCCCCGAAAACCGCGGCUACCUCUUCGUCUCGAAUCGGUUAGAUGAAGUCCUGCUAGCCGCCGCGCAACUAAAACGCGUCGACGCGCGCGCGAACUCGACGCUCGUCGCCGACGCCGCGACGCUGGGCGAAUUGGCAUCACGAUCAAAACUGGGCGGCGCGGCUAAAAGACUGUUCGACGUCGUCAUCGCGUCGGAAGAACUGUUCCCGGGCACGCGCACGACGGACUCCAUGGGAUUUCGAUUGCAGAAGCUGCGAGCAUUAAGGAGGACGCCCUACGCCAAGACUUUAUAUCUGGACUCGGACACGCUCGCGUGCCAAUCGCCACAACCGCUCUUCGACGCCCUCGACGCGUACGACGCCGGCGGCGUCGCGCAGCAUUCUACGAUAGUGAACGGCGGCGUCCAGGUCUACCGGUCCAAUUCAAAAGCGUUCGCUUUGUAUGAGCGGUGGGAGUCGAUGUUUUCUGCGGUGAUGGCGACGCAGCGGCGCGAGCAGCCCAUCCUGCAGGAGGCUUUGAAAUGGGCCGAGGCGAACACUCAGAUAAAGUACGGGCGGCUCGACAGGACGUUCAAUUGUCGGGGCGCGGAUACGUGUUCCGAGACGACUCUGAAAAGUGGCGAGAAGGGGCGCUGCGUCAUCAUCCACGGUUUGGAAACGGCGUCCGUUUUUUACUUCGAGCCGCGUCGAUGGCGUAGAGGUGGCGUAAAUCCCCCCAGCACGCCAUCACCCCGACCAACCGUUCAUUCGACGUAUGGCGUGGCGGUCGCGUCGACGGCCUGGAGCUUGACGCCAUCGAGCAGAAGACAGGACCGCUUACAAAAACACACAGGCCACGGCGUCGCGGCGGCGGCCGACGCCGACGCGCGGAGCGCUCCUCAAUUAGGUGUGCGAGCGCGCCGCCAGGCCCUCACGGACGCUUAUAUGAGACCCUGCCCCCAGCUCGGCGGCGGCCACCCCCUCGUGGUGGUCGCCGAGGCCGGCGCGCACGGCGGCGGCCGGCGCGGCUUCGCGGAGGUGUUGCUGGAGCGACUCCAGACCCUCACGAAGGACAACGACGCGACGCCCUGCAAGGUCGACCGCCGCCAGAACCGCCGCGGCCUCGACGCGGCCCUGAAGAAGUGCUUCGCCUCGAAGACGCGCUACGCGGCCGUGGCCGUCGUCGCGAAAUUACCCCAGCCGCCCCUGCACGUGCGCGGCGCGCCCGUGCUCAUCGCUUGUGUGUGUGCAGUGUCCUUCAAUCAUGGUGUCGCGUCGAUGGCGUACGAGAUGCGAGAGAGCGAGAGUCGCGACACGCACGCAAUCAAAUAACGCAGGGGCCCACGACCCGGCCGUCGCCGCCGCUAGGGACGGCGCCGCGGCCCACCUCGUGGCGUGCAUCCACGACGGGAAGCCGGGCCACGAGUGCGCGCAAGUCGCGAAUCGCCUGGUGGCGUGGU